AACUACAUGUUGGGUUUUUUUUUCCAGUGUGUGUGACAAACAGUUUAGUGGAGGGAAACAGAGCAGCAGGUCUCCACAUUGCUCAACCUUCUACCAGCCAUGGCCAGGAAGGACUGUCCUGCUGGCAAAAAGUGGGACAACCUCGUCAACACCUGUGUCAUCAUCACGGCGGAAACCACACCUGAGCCUAAACCACCAACAGAGCCGACCCCAGCUGUUGCAGUCCAGCCCACAAGACCCACAAUCUCCGCUAUCCAGGCCAACCCAGUGAUGAUGCUCAGUCCGGCUCUGUGGAUCUUUGUGGGGCUGGCCACCGUGGGUUCCAUCGUGGCCCUGGCUCUCUGGUUUGUCAUAUACAGACGACAGACCAGGAUAAGCAGCACCUCAGAAGAGCCUGGACAGGAGCCUCUUCAGAAAACAGAGCCACCCGCCAAAAUCUACCCACUGCCUUCAGAGAUAAAUGGUCAGGGAGAGAUUUUGCAGAGAGCAGCUGGGAACCCUUCACCCUGUCCUCACCUGCACCUUGGAGACCAAACAAGCUUGAAGUGGGAGGAGGGCUUCACCGCUUGCAGGGGCCCCGCAAAGUAUGCUGGGACAGAGGGGUGUGGUGAGCUGCCCACAUGCAGCUCAAUGAGGGAGCACAGGAUCCCACUUCCUGCCACAGAGCUGGGUGGCACUGCCUUAGUUACAACUAAAACUGUGUAGGGCUGUGCAUGUGUGUGUGUGUGUGUGUGUGUGUGUGUGUGUGUGUGUUUGUGUGUGUGUGUGCUUUUUCCUUGCAUGUACUCUAGAUGUGUUCAGUGUGAUGCGUUUACCUCCUUUUUUUAAUCCAAAUUUUGGAUAUCUUUAUUAUCUACCAUGUUUUUAUGGUUUUAAAUAAUACUGGACUGUUUUCACAGCUGUUUUAUUACUUUUCUGUUAUGAUGUAGAUUGGUGUCCAAUAAUACUAUGUAAGAUUGUGUAUAAUUUAGUGAACUUUACUGCAAAGCGUAAGCAAAGAAACUGCUCUUAUUUCUAUCAUUUAAUAAAA